AUUCCAGUGACUUGAUGCUAAGAAUUUACAGAGCUGAGUCAUAUGUUGGCCUCCAAGAAUAUAAAACAGCCAUAGAAGACUUAAAUUUUGUUAUUUCUAAAAUGCCAAAUUGGCCAGAGGUCUACUUCCGAAAAGGAAAAGUGCUGCAAGACUCUGGUUUUGUAGGUGAUGCCUUACAACUGUUUCUACAGUGCUUAGCCCUUGAUGAGGACUUUCUUCCAGCCAAGCUAGAAGUAGAAAGGACACUGUGUGAUAUGCUAUCACCAGAGAAGUUAGGAGAGAGUCUGAAGGAAUCUGCUUGGAAUUCACCACAUAUUCGAAAUAAACCUUUUAUACUUGGUUCAGAGGUGACUGAGUCUUACUGCAAUUUACAGCUUUGUCCUGAGCAGAGUUUAGGAGGAUCAGAGGUACCAGAGCCUGUCAGUGGAAGCUUAAAUCGUGCACGGUCUGCCCAUGCUCUUAACUCAACAAGAGACCUUGCCAAGGAAGAUGGCUUAAAGAGAGUGUCUUCUGAACCCCUUCUCUCUGGCGAAGAAAAAGGUGCUUUGUUGAAAAGAAAGCUUUCCUUUUCAGAACAGGAUACAGUUGUAUGUGAAGAUGGAAGAAACAAACACAAAAAGCAAGGAGAAAGUACAAAAAGGGACAUGACACUGGCUUUUGGAGCGAUUCCAGAGGAUUUGAUUGACGUAUCUGAUUUUGAAUGCUCUCUGUGCAUGAGGCUAUUCUUUGAGCCAGUGACAACCCCUUGUGGACAUACUUUUUGCAAAGGUUGCUUGGAACGGUGUUUAGACCAUGCUCCCCAGUGUCCACUCUGUAAAGAGAGUUUAAAAGAGUACCUUGCAAGCAGAAAAUACAGCAUCACAGAACUGCUGGAGGAAUUAAUAAUGAAAUAUUUGUCUGAUGAAUUAUACGAAAGAAAAAGAAUUCAUGCUGAAGAAACUGCUGAACACUCAAACUUGACCAAGAAUGUUCCAAUGUUUGUUUGCACUAUGGCAUAUCCUACUGUGCCUUGCCCUUUACAUGUGUUUGAGCCAAGAUACCGACUAAUGAUUCGCAGAAGUAUGGAAACUGGGACUAAACAGUUUGGGAUGUGUAUAAGUGAUUCUCAAAAUGGUUUUGCAGAUUAUGGAUGCAUGCUGCAAAUUAGGAACGUUCAUUUUCUACCUGAUGGACGGUCUGUUGUUGAUACAGUUGGUGGAAAGAGAUUUAGAGUUUUACGGAGAGGGAUGAAAGAUGGUUAUUGCACUGCAGACAUCGAAUAUUUAGAAGAUAUUAAGGUUGCUGAUGAAGAAGAACUAAAGAAACUGAGAGAACUUCACAAUUUUGUUUACAAUCAGGCCUGCAAUUGGUUCCAAAACUUAAGAAACAAAUUUCGCACUCAAAUUCUUCAGCACUUUGGGCCAAUGCCUGACAGGGAGGAAAAUAUACAGGCAAUGCCCAAUGGUCCUGCUUGGUGUUGGUGGCUUCUAGCUGUUCUCCCAGUAGACCCCAGAUAUCAGCUGUCAGUUCUCUCCAUGAUGUCUUUGAAAGACCGUCUGAUAAAAAUCCAACAUAUACUCACGUAUUUUUCUAGAGACCAGUCCAAGUGACUAACCGCCUGGGUCUUCCUGAAAAGUUACUCUGUUCUGGUUGUAGUAGCAGCUGGAAUUUUUGCUGCCUUUGCACAUCUAGCACUGGUUUGAGAAGUGUAAUGGAACUGCUUUUUCUCUCUCCUCCCUACCGUCCUGACUUCCUGAACCACAUGGUUCUUUGAAUGCACACUUUCCUCAACUUUGAGAGAAGACCACUGAAGAUUGCACAAAGUCAAUCCAGCUAGAUACGUUUUUCACGUUAUCUACAUUACAAUUUGCACUAUGUAGAAGAGAACGUUUUUUGAGACUUGACAAUUUUAGCCACUGGCUUUUUAAAGCUGUGGGAAGUGCAGGACUUAAGGCUGACAGUCCAAGUUUACAACAUUGAGGAGGUAUUAAAGGUUUUGCAAAUGUUUGCCUCAUACAACUGUUCUUUUGCUGUUUGCACAAAUAUUUGAAAUAUAGUAUUGAAUGUCACUGUUGGAUAUUACU